GGAGCCCCCACGUGCACCGGGACACCCGGGAUGGAUUAAACCGUCGGAUGGUCGAUCCUACUGAUCAGACGGCCUUGAAUCUUCGACAGCGGCGGUUAGACCGUGAAAACUGUAGCAUAUCCUCUCUCCUCCAGGCAGUUCAAAACUCUGCCGUUCCCCGUUCCCUCUUCAAACAAUCAUCAAAUGACCAAACAAAGAACGGAGCAAAGAGCAGAACCUUUUCUUGCUGACAAUUUUCACCUUAUCUUCUUCUUCUUCGUCUUCCUCCGUUGGAAGCCAUGGAUAAUUCUGCUUCAUCUUGCCCAACUACCCUCUCCGAGUCUCAGCAACUCCGCCUGCUCGACAAGCUUGAGGUGUUCGAGAUCCGGGGUCACGAUAAACACGGCCGCAAGGUCCUCCGCGUGAUCGGAAAACUAUUCCCCGCUAGGUUUGUGAGCGCUCAAGUGUUGCAGAUGUACUUGGAGGAGAGGAUAUACCCGAAGUUGGGGGAGAGGCCUUUCGCCGUGGUGUACGUGCACACCGGCGUGCAGAGGACUGAGAACUGUCCCGGGAUCUCCAUCAUCAGAUCGGUAUAUGAGGCGAUUCCGAUUGAUGUCAAGCAGAACCUUGAGGUGAUCUACUUCGUGCACCCCGGUAUCCAGGCUCGGCUCUUCCUCGCAACCUUUGGCCGUCUCCUCUUCAGUGGAGGGCUGUAUUCGAAGUUCAAGUAUGUGAACCGGCUAGAGUUCUUGUGGGAGCACGUGAGGAGGAAGGAGAUGGGGGAGAUGCCUGACUUCGUGAACGAGCACGAUGAGGAGCUUGAGCAUUGCAACACGAUGAUGGACUACGGGUUGGAGAGCGAUCACCCGAGAAUCCACUUUGGCACGGCGUCCAUGGACUCCAUGGUCCCCAGCUAUUCCAUGAGGUGCAUUGCUUAGGACCAUAUUGGUGUCAUGUCGCAGUCCCUUUUUAUGCUUUAGAAUGAAGUGGGAGUGGCUUUAGUCUUCCUCAAAUAGGUUGGGAUUCUCUUCACAUCUGUAAAAAGGUUGUCCUUAGACCACCUUCUUUGCCCCUUUCUCUUUCUUGGGCAAGGUUCUCUUUGUUGAUGGAUCAAAAGGAAAAGUGAAGAAGGUUGUGUUUUGUUUAUUGACAUGAUGGUCCAUGAGUUUUUGGAUACGACGGUAUCACAGUUUAUAGGUAUCCGUUCGUAAUCUGCACUCAAUUGGUGUAAGUGAUUAGGGUGUGUUUGGAUUGAGAGUUGAGUUGAGUUGAGUUUUGAUUU